GUGUCCCUCGGACACAGCGGAUCACCGAUCCACGGAAAGAGCCGAAGAUGUCGACUCGGUCAUGUGAUCAGCUGUGUCCAAUCACAGCUGAUCACAUGGGACAUGUACACUGAUCAUCAGAGCACUGAUGCUCAGUGUGCCCUGAUGAUCUGUGUAGCCCCAGCAGCGCCACCUGUCAGUGUCCAUCAGUGCCAGCUCUCAGUGCUCAUUCAUGCCACCUGCAAGUGUCCAUCAGUGCCACAUCAGUGCCACAUAUUAGUGCCCAUCUGAGCUGCCUUUUAGUGUCACCCAUCAGUGCCAGUCAGUGCCACCUAUCAGUGUUGCCAAUCAGUGCCGCCUAACAGUGCCAUAUAUGAGUGCUGCCUUUCAGUGCCCAUCAGUGAUGCCUGUCAAUGCCCAUCAGUGGCACCUACCAGUGCCUCCUCAUCAGUG